AUGCCAAAGCUUGGAGUGGGACUUCGGCUCGGAAACAUUCUUUACUUCACAAGAGUCUCCCACCAAUCAGAGAAGUUGCUUGACGCAGUAAGCGUCUCCUUUCCUUUCAACCAUGACUGCCUCGUCGUUCUGGCGCCAAACUCUCCUCUAGUGGGCACCUCUCUGGCCGCCAUGGUGGACCUCGUGGGUGCAGCUGCAGUCGUGUGCAUGCAUGAGAAGAGGUCCAUAAUCACCCUCCACAAUCAGCUAUGCAUGGCGACAAUAAUCUCUGCGUGGCGCAUGGUAGGAGCCAAAAAACAGCUCCACGACAACCUCUGCAUGGCCAUCUCAGGUGGCGAGGGUUGGAUCUUCGCCAGCGGCCAUCAACUUCGGUGUGACCUUGUCCCACCAACAGCUUGCUUGGUAUCUUCUCGGAGGAACACCCCAGAUUUGAGGCUGUAUCUUAAGGGCACCGUCAAGUUCGCCGUCAGCUUGUCCUACAAAGAGCUUCAUUCAUAUUUUCUCCCACAGGUAUGGUUCAUAUGUUGUUUUCCAUGGUUGCAACCUGAGACUAGUUCUACUGGUGUUGUACUCCAUGCAUGGUUGAGGUAA